ACCACUUCUUGUAACAAAAUGGCUGUAGCUUUAGCAAUAACCUUAUUGGCAGUGUUCAUAGGGAGCACCUCAGCUCAGCUCUCUUCCAACUUCUACUACCAUAGUUGCCCCAAGCUCUUCAGUACUGUUAGAGCCGGUAUCCAAUCUGCUGUCGCUCAAGAAGCUCGCAUGGGUGCUUCCCUUCUUCGCCUUCACUUUCACGACUGUUUCGUUAACGGUUGUGAUGGGUCGAUUCUUCUUGAAGACACUCCUACGUUUACAGGAGAGCAAACAGCGGCUCCUAACAACAGAUCUGUUAGAGGAUUUAAUGUGAUUGAGAGCAUUAAGAAAAAGGUUGAAAAAGUUUGCCCUAGUAUAGUAUCUUGUGCUGAUAUUUUGACUCUUUCAGCUCGUGACUCUGUUGUAGCGCUUGGAGGGCCAAGUUGGGAGGUGAAAUUGGGAAGAAGAGAUUCUAAAACAGCCAGCUUCUCUGACGUCACCGGUGCUAUUCCUCCACCGACCUCCACCCUCGACACCCUCAUCAAUCGAUUCGACUNAGCCAGCUUCUCUGACGUCACCGGUGCUAUUCCUCCACCGACCUCCACCCUCGACACCCUCAUCAAUCGAUUCGACUCUAAAGGCCUCUCCCCUCGAGACUUGGUUGCCUUAUCUGGGGCCCAUACAAUCGGGCAAGCAAAGUGUUUGUUUUUCAAGAACCGUAUAUAUAACGAGACCAACAUCGACGAGUCGUUUGCUGAGGAGAGACAACAGAACUGCCCAACAAAUGGAGGAGAUGACAACCGUGCCCCAUUGGACUUCAGAACCCCAAAGUUUUUUGACAACUACUACUACAAGAACCUCUUGGAGAAGAAGGCUUUGCUCCGCUCCGAUCAAGUGCUCCACGAUGGUGGAUCCACCGAUUCCUUGGUUGAACUCUACAGUGAUGACAGUGAUGCCUUUGAGUCUGACUUUGUGGCAGCUAUGAUCAAGAUGGGCAACAUUGAGCCGCUCACGGGAUCACAGGGUGAGAUUCGUAAGAUUUGCAGCCGACCCAACUAAUCCAUCCACAUUCAUAAGGGAGCAUAAAUUUGUUUUUUUGUUUCUAUUUUUUUUUUCAUUUGAAAUUCGUUUAAGCAAA